ACGCUGCUCAUGGCGUCGUGCGCCGCGGGUCACAAGCGUCUGUCGCGGCACCUCGUCAAGCGCGGGGCGGGUUUGAACAAAAGAAACGCCGAGGGUAACACCGCGCUGCACUUCGCGCUGGCGAUGGGGCACGUGGAGCUCGGGGACUUUCUCGUCGCGAAAGGGGCGGACGAUGGGGUGACGAACAACUACGGGAUGAGCCCGUUC